CAAUUUACGACCAAAAAGUGCGUCAAUCAUCGACGACUAUCCAUCUCCGCCAUGCAUUCGCGCUUGGCUUUGUAUGUUUGGCUCCUGAGCCCACUUGUCGCAGCUCAGUGUCAGCCUUGUGGGCCUAAUGAGGUGUAUCGUGUUGGCAGUACCUGCACGGACAGCUGUGUGACGUAUCGCUGCAAAGGGCCGUGCCCGGCUAUUGCCAUGACGGGUUGCUUCUGCAAACCUGGUUAUUAUAGGAAUACGGAAACAAACAAGUGUGUCCCUGCGGACCAGUGCCCUUUCUAUCCUUGCCCAACGCCCAACUAAGCGCUGUAGUAUAAGGCGGUUUGUUAUUGGACUGUUUUGACUUAGCUGGCAACUGAGUUCCUUAUUUUUAAAUUUAUUGCUCUCUUAUAUCAUAA